CCAUACGAGCGUUAAAGAGGGUCGGAUAGAGAAAGAAACCGGCUUUUCCAAGCUCCUGAAUCGUAGUUUCCAGCCCAGACAGAUGCUCUGAGACAAAGCAGGAAAACAAUCUGUGGAUAUUCAGUUUUUGAACUUUUUUUUUUUCUUUUUGCUCAGAUGCUUGAGCUUCCAUUUAGCCAAAUACCAUUAAAAAUCAUUGAUUUCCCUUUUUUCAAGCGAAGAAGAGCUUCCCUUUUCCCACCCAUCGGUCUUUGUUUUAUCGUUUGUUGGUCGUCAGUGCCAGAGUUGGUCAUGUAACCAAAAGUUCCUCUCAUGCGGUGAACUGCAUCACCUGUCAGAUUUGAUUCCUCCCUUUCUGAGCGACUUCUUGUAGCCUCACAUCUUCUAGCCGUCGGGACGCUGCCGAGGUUUCAGUGAUGUUGCGUUGCGUUCUUCAGCGGGCCAACAACCUGAGGCACUUUGACCCUCUGGCCAGCGUCACCUUCAGAGGGUCCAAGAAGAAGACGAAGGUCAUCAAAAACAACCCCAACCCUGUUUGGAACGAGGGCUUUGAAUGGGACCUGAAGGGGAUUCCUCUGGACUCUGGAGCGGAGCUGCACUGUGUCGUCAAAGACCACGAAAAAAUGGGCAGGAACAGGUUCCUGGGCGAGUGUCGGCUGUCUCUCAGGGAUGUCCUGAACUCUCCCAGCCUGGCCGCCUCCUUCACCGUGUCCCUGCUGGACACCAAGAGGAACAACACGGGGGCCACGCUGACCCUGCAGGUGUCCUACAUCCCUCCUCCAGGAUCAGCUCCUGUCUUCCAGCCUCCUCCUCCGCCGGAGGCUCUGCCCCACAACAACCCCAGUGUGGAGCUGGACACCGUCACAGUGAUUUCUCUGGACACGCUGGGUGAGGAGGACACUGAGAGCAUGAUGAUGCUGGAGGCCACCGAGGACCAGGGGCCCGACGACGGACGCUCCAUGGUGAUCGUCGGCCCCCAGGGGCCCCCUGGCCAGGAGUCCCCCACCGCCCAGACGCCCAAACGCUCGCCUCCGUCCUACAACACCCACGGAGGGCUGAGGAAGAGGAAGAGAGGAGCCAGCAGUCAGCCCAAACCGCUGCCCAACAAACCCCAGGACAUCCAGGUUCGUGUGCGGGUCAUCGAGGGACGGCAGUUGCCGGGCAUCAACAUCAAACCUGUUGUCAAGGUAACGGUAGCCGGGCAGACCAAGAGGACCCGCAUCCGAAAGGGCAACAACCCGGUGUUUGAUGAGACGUUCUUCCUGAACUUCUUUGAGACGCCCUCGGAGUUGUUUGAUGAACCGAUUUUCAUCACAGUGUGCGACUCUCGUUCUCUUAGAACCGACGCCGUCAUCGGUGAAUUCAAGCUGGAUGUGGGCACCGUCUACAGCGAGCACAGACACUGCUUCUUGAGGAAGUGGCUGCUGCUGUGCGACCCCGAUGACCUCUCUGCGGGGGUCAGAGGUUACCUGAAGGUCAGCCUGCUGGUGUUGGCAGCCGGAGACGAGCCGCCGGCGGACAAACGUGAGUGUGUGGAGGAUAAGGAGGACAUAGAAGGGAACCUGCUGAGGCCGGCCGGUCUGUCUCUGAGAGGAGCCACGUUCACCCUGAGGGUCUUCAGGGCAGAAGACCUGCCUCAGAUGGACGACGCCUUCAUGGACGGGAUGAGGCAGAUUCUGGGCUUUGACAGCAACAGGAAGAACUUAGUGGACCCGAUGGUGGAGAUACACUUCGCUGGAAAAACAGUCUGCACGAAGAUCCUGGAGAAGAAUGCAAACCCACAGUGGAACCAGAGCCUGGCCAUGCCCAUCAGAUUUCCCUCCAUGUGUGAGAAGAUGAGGAUCAGGAUCCUGGACUGGGACAGAGCCAGUCACAACGACGUCAUCGGCACCACCCACCUCUGCAUGUCGAAGAUCUCCGCCCCCGGAGGGGAGAUCGAGGAUGACGUGACUCCACGGACCGUCCACCCCGGCAUUGAUGACAGUCUGGGUUUUCUGCCGACGUUUGGUCCGUGUUUCGUCAACCUGUACGGCAGCCCCAGAGAGUUCACCAGCUUCAAUGACCCACACGAGGCUCUAAACCUGGGAAAGGGCGAGGGCGUGGCCUACCGAGGUCGAGUCUUACUGGAGCUAACCACCAAACUGGUGGACAAGCCGGAGCAGAGAACCGAAGACGUCCCGUCCGACGAUCUGUUGGUGGUGGAGAAGUUUCUCCGGAAGAGGAAGUUCUCCCUCUUCGUAGCGUUCUACUCGGCCACGCUCCUCCAGGACGUGGACGAUGCCAUCCAGUUUGAGGUCAGCAUCGGUAACUACGGCAACAAGUUUGACUACACCUGCCUGCCUCUGGCCUCCACCACUCAGUUCAGCAGGGCCGUGUUCGACGGCUGCCACUACUACUACCUGCCGUGGGGAAACGUCAAGCCGGUGGUGGUUCUGUCGUCAGAGUGGGAAGACAUCAAGCCGAGGAUCGAGGCUCUCAACAUGCUGCUGGCCGUCAUAGACAGACUGGAGGCGAAUCUGCAGCGAGUCCAGCUGCAGGUGAAGUCAGGCAGCGACCUGGAGGACGUGGAGCUGCGAGUGGUCGAGCUGCUGGAUCAGGUCAUCACAGACUGCAGCCAGGAGCUGCCCUCCCUCGACCACUGGCAGUGUGCUACGCCGCUGGACCGCUCGCUGAGGCACAUCCGAACGCUCCACCUGCAGCAGAUCGUGGCGGCGGCGCUGGCUCUCAAACACGGACCGGAAACCGAGCUGUCCACGGUGCUGGAGCAGGCCGAGGACUGGGCCAACCGGCUGAGGACCAUGGCCGAGGAGCCCCAGAACAGCCUCCCGGACAUCGUGAUCUGGAUGCUGCAGGGCGACCGGCGGGUGGCGUUUCACCGCAUCCCAGCUCACAGCGUCAUCUUCUCCCAGCAGCACUGCGGCAAACACUGCGGACAGCUGCAGACCGUUUUCCUCAAGCGUCCGCAGGGCAGCAGCGGAGAGGCCAAACUUCCCGGUCAGCUGAGGGUCAAAGUGUGGUUCGGAUUGGCUGCCGACGUCAAACACUUCAACCAGUACGCCGAAGGAAAACUGUCCGUCUUCGCCGAGACGUACGAGAACCAGACUCGGCUCGCCCUGGUGGGCAGCUGGGGAACCACGGGCUUGACUUACCCCAAGUUCAGCGACGUCACCGGCCGAGUCAAGCUGCCCAAAGAGAGCUUCAAGCCGUCACCUGGCUGGACCUGGGCGGGGGACUGGUGCAUCAGCCCCGAGAAGACGCUGCUGUUUGACGUGGACGCCGGUCACAUGACCUUCACCGAGGAGGUGUUUGAGAACCAGAUGAGGCUGCCGGGAGGACAGUGGAUCGGCAUGCCGGAGGGCUACACGGAUGUGAACGGGGAGAAGGCGGUUCCGAAGGACGAGGUGGAGGUUCCUCCCGGCUGGGUGUGGGAGGAGGUGGAGUGGAGCGAGGACCUGAACAGGGCCGUGGACGAUCAAGGCUGGGAGUACGGCAUCACCAUCCCUCCGGACCGCCGGCCCAAGUCCUGGGUCCCGGCUGAGAAGAUGUACCACACCAACCGACGCAGGCGCUGGAUCCGGAUGAGGCGACGGGACCAGCAGAAGAUGGACGCUCUGAGAAAGCAGCGGCCGGACGAGGCGGAGAGGGAGGGCUGGGAGUACGCCUCGCUGUUCGGCUGGAAGUUCCACCUGAAGCCCAGGAAGACGGACAGCUUCAGGAGGCGCCGCUGGAGGUGUCGCAUGGAGCCGCUGGAGAAGACGGGCCCGGCGGCCAUCUUUGCUCUGGAGUGUUCUCUGAGCAGCAUCGAAGACAAGAACGACGACAAGUCGGUCACCACCACGUUCGGAGUCAACAGACCCACUAUUUCAUGUUUCUUUGACCGUGGAACCAGAUAUCACCUGCGCUGCUACCUGUAUCAGGCCAGAGACCUGCUGGCCAUGGACAAAGACAGCUUCUCAGACCCGUACGCCAUCGUGUCCUUCCUCCACCAGUCCCAGAAGACGGUGACGGUCCGGAACACUCUGAACCCCACCUGGGACCAGACGCUCAUCUUCUACGAGGUGGAGAUAUUUGGAGACGCCGAGGCCACGGCGGCCAACCCUCCCAACGUGGUGGUGGAGCUGUACGACCAGGACUCAUACGGAGCCGACGAGUUCAUGGGCCGCUGCGUCUGUCAGCCGUCUCUGACUCCGUCGCCUCGCCUCGCCUGGUUCCCCGUCCGUCUGGGAGACAAGAACGCCGGCGAGCUGCUGGCCGCCUUCGAGCUGAUCCGCAGAGAGAAGCCAGCGAUUCAUCAUAUUCCAGGUCAAGAGGGAGACGUCUUCACCUCCACUCACGUCCUCGACGAGUUGAUGUUUCCAGGAUUCCUCCCUGAAAACCUGCAGCAAUGGCCGGAGGAGUCGGACCUUCCGUACCCGCCUCCCCAGAGAGAACCCAACGUCUUCAUGGUUCCUCAGGGCAUCAAACCGGUGCUGCAGAGAACCGCCAUCGAGGUCUUGGCGUGGGGCGUCCGCAACCUGAAGACGUUCCAGCUGGCCAGCGUCACGUCUCCCAGCCUGCAGGUGGAGUGUGGAGGCGCCAUGAUCCAGAGCUGCGUCAUCCGCAGUGUGAAGAAGAAGCCCAACUUCGACGUGAACACGCUCGUCCUCGAUGUGAGACUUCCCCGUGAGGAGCUCUACAUGCCGCCGAUCGUCAUCAAAGUCAUCGACAACCGCCAGUUUGGGAGGAAGCCGGUGGUCGGUCAGUGCACCAUCCGGUCUCUGGAGGAAUACCGGUUCAAUCCAGACGAGGAGCGGGCUGUGGAGGAUGAGGAGGACGUGGACGGAUGGAGACGUGAGACGCCCCAGCUGAGUUCUGGCGAAGUUUUUAUUGACAUUGACGACGAGCAGCCUCUAGUGGCCGACCAGGGAGAAGACUUCAUGGACUGGUGGAGCAAAUUCUACGCUUCGACUGGGGAGAAGAACAAGUGUGGGACCUACCUGGAGAGAGGCUUCGACACCCUGAAGAUUUACAACCACGACCUGGAGAAGGUGGAGGACUUCGAGGGUCUCUCUGAUUUCUGCCAAACAUUCAAACUGUACAGAGGAAAGACUCAGGAUGAAGGAGAAGAUCCGUCCGUGGUCGGAGAGUUCAAGGGGAUGUUCAAGAUCUACCUGCUGCCAGACGACCCCUCUGCUCCGGCUCCCCCCAGACAGUUCAGGAAACUCCCUCCAAACGGCAUCGAGGAGUGUUUGGUCCGGGUCUACAUCAUCCAGGCUCACGGGCUGCAGCCCAAAGACACCAACGGGAAGUGUGACCCCUACGUGAAGAUCAGUUUGGGGAAAAAGACCAUCAGCGACCAUGAGAACUACAUCCCCUGUACGCUGGACCCCGUCUUCGGAAAGCUGUUCGAGCUCACCUGCUCCCUCCCUCUGGAGAAGGACCUCCGGGUGAUGCUCUACGACCACGACAUGAUCACCAAAGACGAGAAGAUCGGGGAGACGCUGAUCGACCUGGAGAACCGCUUCCUGUCCAGAUACGGAGCCCUGUGCGGCCUGCCGCAGACCUACUGUGUGUCCGGGGUGAACCAGUGGAGAGACCAGCUGACGCCCAGGCAGCUGCUGUUCAGGCUGUGUGAGCGACGAAACCUGAGGAAACCCGUCUACGAGGAGGACUCGGUCUGGUUCAGAGGGCAGCGGUACACGGCGGCAGACCUCGAGGACCAGAACGUGUCCAAGCGCCACCUCGGCCCCAUUAAGGAGCGGCUGGCGCUGCACAUCCUGAGGAACCAGGGGCUGGUACCAGAACACGUGGAGACCAGAGCCCUGUACAGCCCCCUGCAGCCGGACAUCGAGCAGGGCCGUCUGAUGAUGUGGGUGGACAUCUUCCCCAAGUCUCUGGGACCGCCGGGACCCCCGUUCAACGUCACGCCACGCAAGGCCAAGAAGUUCUUCCUGCGCUGCAUCAUCUGGAACACCAGCGACGUCAUCCUGGACGAUGUCAGCAUCAGCGGCGAGAAGAUGAGCGACAUCUACGUCAAAGGCUGGCUGGACGGACACGAGCACAACAAGCAGAAGACGGACGUCCACUACCGCUCGCUGGGCGGCGAGGGCAACUUCAACUACCGCUUCCUGUUCCCCUUCCACUACUUACCUGCUGAGCAGCUGAGCGUCGUCGAUCGCAAGGAACAUUUCUGGAGCUUGGAUAAAGCCGAGACCAAGCUGGCUCCUAAGCUCACCAUCCAGAUCUGGGACAACGACAAGUUCUCCUUCGACGACUACCUCGGUCACCUGGUGAUGGACCUGAACCACAUGCUGCGACCCGCCAAGUCUCCAGAGAAGUGCACCCUGCAGCUGCUGGAGCAGCCGACCGACAAGCUGGUGUCUCUGUUUGAGCAGAAGACGGUGAAGGGCUGGUGGCCCUGCAGCUGCCAGCACAACGGAGACACCGUCCUCGCUGGCAAGGUGGAGAUGUCUCUGGAGAUCGUGACGGAGCAGGAGCAGGAGGAGCGACCGGCCGGCCUCGGCAGGGACGAGCCCAACAUGAACCCUCACCUGGAGGAGCCGCAGCGCCCAGAGACGUCCUUCCUCUGGUUCUCCUCCCCCUACAAGACCCUCAAGUUCAUCCUGUGGAGGCGGUUCAAGUGGUUCAUCAUCCUCUUCCUCAUCCUCUUCCUCGUCCUCCUCUUCCUCGGCGUCUUCCUCUACGCCUUCCCGAACUACGCUGCCAUGAAGAUGGUGGGCCCGUUCGGACCGGCCAAGGCGGCGCAGUGAGGACGGAGACGGAGCGACGGGACAGACAGCAGAACCAACGGACGCAGUAGGAACAUCUCCUGUCACGUCUUCUCCGUCGUCCCCUGAAGCCGUGAACUCGAUGCGAUCGCUCUGUCCGGAGCCCGUUUGUGCCUUUGCCCUCAGAUUCACCAGAAACUUCCAAAGCUCCCAUCUCAGCAUGUUCCGUCACCGCUUUCAUCUGCCCCGGUUCUCCUGUCGGCCUUCACGCAGAGAACAAGGAGAAUAACUUCUCAGACCAGCCCAAUCAAAGGUUGUGACGAUGAUGCUUCUUGAUCUUUGUACCGCCUGCUGCUUCCCAGCGAGGAGCCGAGUCGGGUCAGAACACGGAGCCUGAUUCAAAACGUCAAACUUUAUCGCUCUGAAGAUCACAUCUGAGGUCCAAGGAAGCUGGUUUUCAGCAGUUCCUCUCUUUGAAUGAUGGUUUCUACACUCAUACGCUGCCUUAAAUCAGGUUUAUUAAUCCUCAGAUUCAGUAUAUCAGAUGUAAACAUCUGGAGAGGAAGGAUUCAGUCCAGUCAGGUCCUGACAGCAUGUCUGCUUCCUUCAUCCACCUCCUCACUCUUCGUUUGCUUCCACUGAGGCGGCCCAUGAAAAUCAGAAACAUGUUUUUGUCUUAUAAUCAUGCAUUAAUUAGGCAGAGGAAUGCUUUAAUUAAUGUUUAGAGUGUCUCCACCUUGUUCCUCUUCUCUCCUUCUCUUCUUGGUCUUUCUGCUCUCUUUGCCUUCCCUCCUCCCUCCUUCCU